GGCCAGGCACUCAAGAUGUAUUUGCAUCAACAUUACCUUCACUGAAAUUGCCAACACAACGUGACGUCUUGCAAGCCAUUUAUUACGAAAAAUGGGAAAAAAAUGCAUCAUAUGAUGAUGCUGUUAAAAUCGUUUCUCGUGAAGUACGUAUGCAGUGGGAAAAGGUGAAUAUUCCGAUUAUCUAUACAAAAAAAGUUCUCCAGCGAACAUCGGACUACUUUAAAUCCUACCAAACAUUGAAGAAAACCAGCAAAAACAGAGACACAUAUGAAACAUUGGCGGAUUGUUUCAAGGUUAAUGCCGCAAAACUAUUCGACAUUGCUUCUUGCAAAUGCGAAGAUGAAAACAUUUGUGCUUGUCCGGAUGGAAAAAAAGUUCCAACUCAUUUGUGGCGUUUUAUAAUUGAUCAAAGAACUGUUCGUCGAUUGUCGUUCCGUUCAAUUCCCUCGGCCUCUCAAGAUCCAGGUCCGUCAAAUGCAUUUAACGCAAACAUUGACGUUGAUCAACCGCCCAAUUAUGUGGAAAAUGAAAACGACUCAAAUGAUGCGACGGAGCAAAUUGCCGAGACUGAAAGUUUUCAAUUUGGCGUCAAUCUUCGUUCUGGUUUCGUUGAAUACAAAGAUGAUAUUCCCAAAACAUACAACAAAGUUGAACUAAAGCAAGUAGCAUUAAUUGCUGACAGGUAUAAUAUUUCCGACAGAGCUGCUGCCGCAAUUGCUUCAGCCACGCUGUAUGACUUUAGCAUAAUAACCCCUGAAAAUACAGUGUAUGUUAUUGAUCGCUAUAAAAUUCGUCGUAGCAGAAAAAGAACAAGAACCGAUCAAAUUGGUGCUCUUACAUUUGAUAACAUUGAAGCUGUUUAUUUUGACGGCAGAAAGGACGAUACAUUAUGCGUUGAAAACGGUGUGAAUAAAAUAGUAAAGGAGGAGCACAUAUCGAUAGUCCAAGAGCCAAAUUCGUUAUUCAUCGGUCACAAAGCAGUGAAAGAUGGCACUGCAAUUUCAAUUGCAAAUGCAAUUGAUAAAUGCCUGGUAGAAAAAAGUAUUCCAAUUAGACAAAUCAAAGGCUUGGGAUGCGAUAGUACGGCAGUAAAUACUGGCCAUCAAGGAGGUGUGAUUAGAGUAAUGGAGGAAAAAUUUAACAAAGCUCUUCAAUGGAUUAUAUGUUUACUCCAUAUAAACGAACUUCCACUCAGAUCGCUCAUAACCAAGCUCGAUGGAACAACGACAGGUCCAAAAUCGUUUGCAGGACCGUUGG